GAUUGUUGUGGUUCAGGGGAUGGACCCUGGCGGACCUCCUUCACGUCACAUUCCUUCCAACGUAUGGGAUCUUCGGAAAAUGAGCAAUCAACAACCCCGGAUGGGUGGAGGAAUUUUUUGUCUAAUGGAGGACCUGGAAAGGAAUUUGUUGUUUUGGAAGAAAGCGUCCUGUCGUGUGAAUUCAUGGCCUUUCAGACUGUAUCAAAGGGCUGUGUUUCUUUUGUUAGUAUAUUUCAAGUUCAAUGACAAAUAACUUAUGGCCAUGGUAAAUAAAUAUUGCGUGUAGCUAGUGUAAAGAGAAAUGCUUGGGCCUAAAUGUUUCGUUGUGUGGUGUGCUGACCGGAAUUCUUUCAGAAUUAAGAGCUGGUUCGGAAAUCCGUGUCCUGUAUUACGAUAAAAAGUUUUAUAAGCGAUAAUGAAAAUCUACUUUCUGGUCAUCAUAAUCGUCCUUGUGGUAGUGAUUUUCCUGCUUUUUUACCUGAUUUACAAAAUCUACAUCCUACAUGUCAAGUCAUACGAAGAUGGCGAGUUUGACGAAGAAGAGGCGCCACUCAGCCAGGCGGACGAGGUUGAUGCCGGUCCGCUGUCUGAAACUGUGCAAUCGAGCCAGGAAAGUCUUUCGACGAAAACUGGAUCGUCUUCUGUGACAGAAGAAUCAACAGCCUCUGUGGUUCAACCUCAUGUUAAGUCGAUGCUUGGCCCUAUAUUGUCCGUGGCAGAAGACCUCAAAUCCAAAAAUGGAGUGAAGGAAAAAUGUUCUUUUACCGUCUUAUUUGAGUAUAUUUCCGAAGAAAUGAAGCUUGUUGUUACAUUGCUUGAAGCUUCUAAUCUUCCAAAAGUCAAGAGUGGCUCAUCGGAAGCUUACACAGACAUGCAGGUCUCGCCUUAUAAACACCGAACUUACAGGCCUCCUGGGUAUCGUCGGCCGCUAAGAGGCUGUUUAAAAAGGCCUGUUGACUUCUCUUUGGAGCAAAGUGAUGUUAAUGUACACUUCUUUAUUUUGUUUCUUCUUCGUUAUGAUCCUUUUUCAAGGCUGGCCGUUGAUGGAGAAAUAAAAAUACCCUUAAAUGAAUUGAAAAAUCUGCUGGACGGAGAACAAGUGACAGUUACUCUUGAAUUAACGGAAAGCAAACAGCAAUUUACAGGCUUUAUAUUUCGACAUGGAAGUGGAUCAACGCGGUCGCUUAAUGGUGCACGCUCUACCAACAGUUCUCCGAGUGGAAUAAGGCGCUCUUUUGAUGACUCCAGUCGAUCCUCAUCAAGGUCGUUCAAUGGUUUCUCGCGUGCUUUAGAUGAAUCAACUUUUAAACGGCAUGGCACUUCUAGUGACCACCACAACGGCUCUUCUAAUGGACAUAGCGACCAUACUCUUACAGCCGAAGAGAAGAUAAGGGCAUCCUCUCGUUCAUUCAGUGGCGUUCGAACUAAAUUCGAUGAUAGUGACGAAUCUAAUACUCUUGGACUAAAGCGUCACCGCUCCGAAAAGCGUCAUCGCAAACGAAAAGGUGCAAUUGCAUAUUCACCGUUAGCGCGCAAAGAUGAAUUCAACAAAUGACUCGCCUCGGUUGUAUUUGUUUAAUUUAUCCUUAGUUAUUGCAGGUCAAUAUUUUGAUACUAACAUCAUGCAUCGUUUUGCAUCAAAGACCAUUGUUGUUAUUUGACCACGCCAUAGGUGUUAAUCAUUCAAAUCAAUCGAUGGGUAGUUAGUUGCCUGGAAGAGUGUCGUAGGUAAAACCGGCUAAAAUGUUUACUGGUGAAGCAGUAAUAUUUCUAUUACAGUAAUCUGUCCAUUGUGUUAAGGAAGAUUACCGAAGCAUUUAAGAAAAAAUAUUGCCAAGUUGAUUCUUUUCUCUGUUGUAUGGACAUCAAUAGAGACUAGGAAAGAGUGUCUCCAAACGCCGCUAAUCAGACAAACAAGGAAACUUAAAAAAUGGCACGAUAUCGCGGAAACAUAGCAUGCUAGCCUGAGGCAAAAACGGAAAAGCAUGCAUUGCACACCCGUUUCCUUAGUUUUCAAAGGCACUAGAAAUUUUUCUGUUGUGCUUUUGGGAUUCUAUAAUCUUGGUAAACCAAUCUUUACUUGUGUAAAGUCGAGAACUUCUUUAGAAAUUUAGAAUAUUAUAGAAAAAUGCGAAAACGGAAUCAAAAAAUGUAAUUGGGUAUGUCAGGGUGCCUUUCCGCAGAAUUGCUUUCUGCAGAAUUACAAUCUCGGUUGCAAAGUCAUUAAAGAAAAUUUCCGAAAAACUCUUCAGAAAUUUUGAUACAGUUAAUACUUACACUGAUAUAAUUGCAAUUUGUAAAAAUAGUUUUUAACCCGUUUAAUUUCAUCGUGAGGAAUACGUUAGCGACGCGAGUGUACACUUUUUAAGACAUGGAAAUAGUAUUUAAACCGUGAGCUUUUCCUAAAGUAAAUGUUUGUAAGAUAAAUAAUAUAUUAAUGUACAAGUAGUUAGAGCUUCAGUAGAAGGCUAUUUUUAUUGUCAUUUUGAUAGUCAUUAUGAUAUAAAUCCAUGGCACGGCAAGUAUGAUCUUUAGUUUUUACAUUUUAUUUAUAUGCAACCUUUUUUCAAAUGGCAUGGAAAUUGUUUCAUACCAAGGCAUUUUGAUUCGUACAACAUACCCUGAAACUCGUCACAUCUUGUUUAUUAAUGGUGACUUCUAAAUACCCCAUUUAUCCCAUUUAACAUUCAUCACAUUUCUAGUCUUUUCAUGCAUUCAUGCAAAUUUUUGCUUGAAUUGAAGGAAAGUGAUUGCUGAACUUGGCAUGCCUGAAGGAAAGUGAUUGGUUAGAAUAAACAAAACCCGGAUUAAACCUAAUAUUCAGUUUGCUAAGGCACAUCUCAGACCGUCGAGAUUAAACUAGAGAUAUAUCAGUUUAUUGGAAAAGCCAUUUGAUCAUUUCGAGAUUUGGCAAGAGAGGGCGAAAAUCAGACACGGCAGUUAGAUCCCGAACGGAUCAACACAAAGCCGCGUCUCAAAUUAAUAUAAUAUGUACUGUUUAUUGAAAGUAAACGAAUAACACUUCUGUUGAUGAAAAAAGCUAUUAUGUAAUUGCAAAACUUGUAUGAAGCAAGGCAUAGUUUGCAUUUUUUAGACUUUGAUCAGUCGUGAAUAUGGUUUAGCAGUUUAUUAUGAAACAUUGUAUUUCAAGCAGAGAUAGAUUUGCACAGAAAAGAAACAAAUGUUGGAUCCUUUUGAUGUUCAGUUCGAAGUUCCCCUCUGUGUUUGCAUGUUUAGAAGUAUGCUCCAGAUCCUAUUCUCGGAUCGGAUCCGUUGUACCUUGAAAUACUGUUAGUAUUUGACACCAUCUGGAAA